AGCCGGUUGGUGACCACUUGUUGUGUUACUUUAAUUUGUCAAUUCAAUUAUGUCCAGGAACAUUGAGAUCAAAGCUGUGUUGAAGGACCCAGACGCAGCCCAUUCAUGGGCCAAAAAAUUAAGUAACAGCGAUGGAGAAAUUAUUCGACAAACGGAUACGUUUUUCAAGAGUCCUCAAGGGCGCCUGAAGCUCCGAUGCUUUGAGAAUGACACCGGCUUACUCGUUUAUUACGAACGUUCUGACACAGAAGGACCAAAAGUCUCAGACUAUUCUCUAGUGGAAUUAGCUAGUAAAAAAGGAUGCGACGAGAUGAAGAGUAUAUUGAAGAAGAUAAAUGGAAUAUCUGGAGUUGUGGAGAAGAUCAGGCACCUAUACAUGGUAGGCCAGUCCAGGGUCCACAUCGAUACUGUCACGGAUCUGGGAGAUUUCCUCGAAAUUGAGGUAAUUCAGGCUCAAAUCAAUUCAAAUGCAAAUCAACGACGAUUGACGUUAUUGAUUAUAUUGGAAGGCCAAGCCAUUUGCAACAACCUACUUGAAAAAUUGGGAAUCUCCAAUGAUGAUUUAUUAGCUAGUGCUUACAUCGACAUGCUGCAGAAGAAGAAUAAUAAAGAAUAAGAAACAGAAUUGUAUUGUG